AAUAAAUUCUUGUAAUGAUUUCAGAAAUGAAUUUAUGGAACGCGCACACUUUCAACCUUGGAUCCCAGGGGAAUAUAUAUACUCAGACUGUGAUCAAACUGAUAAAUGGUUCUUGUAAACUCCUGGUUGCUGCCCUCAGCAGGAAGGUUUCAUGCUUUGAUCUCUCCAUGACGCACUCAGCUCGACCCUGUGGCUGUGUGGUAGUUCCACAGACCCAAGAAUUGCAGUUUACUUAUCUUCCACCCGGAGCUGAAAUCAUUUCCAUCCAUGCAUUUAAUCGGUCCAGUGAGACGAACGAUUUUGUGAUUGGAGUAACUAUUAUCAAGGGUUCAGACUCCGGAUCUCAAGAUCAGUAUAUAAACAUAUACUCGGAAUGGGAACCUGGCACUGAACUACAGCUUGACAGCUUGGCCCAGGGUUGUCUCUCCCUGGAGCUCCGAUAUAUCCCAUACCAGCUCGGACACUGUCAGGUUGGAGAAGAGAAACUGUGGAUACUUGGAGGCUCAGACAACAGAAUACAUGUCUUCAGUGAGGAUAAGCUACGACACAUGUACUGUGAGCUGGAGGUGGAGAAUAGUCUGGUUGAGUUCCAGGACCCGUAUCCAUCCGUUCCUCUCUACACAGACACUCAUACAGAGGACGGGAUUAGGACAGUUGCUACAGUUUGUGAAUGCGGGUUCCUCAAGCUUACUAAGGUGGAUGAGUUCAGAAACGAAAUUCUAAAAAUUUGGACAAGAAAUUUUGAGGGUCCUUUGACCUGUGUCCUUUUUAUGAAAUCCAGCACCUCGCUCGACUUCCUGUUUCCAAGCUUUAUCGGAGACAAUGCUAAACUACCCCGGAGAGAGAAGGAGAAAAAUUUAUCAAUGGUUGUAACUUGUAGUAUAGGGGAGAGCUUGGUUUAUUCCGACGUGACCAACCUGGGACUAGAAAGCUGUGAAAGAUUAGAGCAGAGUGACGCCCAUGAUAUAGUUACAUCCGCCUGGGUUGAUGAUUUAACAUUCGACGGAAAUCUGACAAUUUUGCUGGGAACCCAUGGGCUCAAGGUGUUAGCCUAUAGGAGAGAAGAUUCAGGUUGGAAACUAAAAUGGGAGAAACGGUUUCCUGCUCCAAUCCUAGGAAUAAGAUAUGCAGACCUUACUGGGGAUGGGGUCAAAGAACUAAUAGUUAUAACAACCUGCGGGGUUCAGGUUUUGCAACAUGAUCUUGAAGCUGUGAAAGAAACUGCCCUGAGAAGAUUAAAUACUAUAUCAAGACUAAUUAAAAACAUUUCAAAUUAAACAUUUAUAAAACAGUUAAUUUGGGGGUUGUGUUACA